CGAGAUCGUCCGAGUCCUAGAGCUUAUCACCCCCAGGCACCUACCUCACUCUAUUGUUCUCUUGCUUUCUUUCUCUCACUGCUGCUACUCGCUUCCCUUCUCUCCUCGUUCCAGGGCCUCGGAGCGGAGAGCGGGGUAUCAAUGGCGGAAUCGAUGGCCGAUCGGCAAUCGCUUCGAGCUCGAUCGUAUUAAGAUCGCACCUUUUUCAUUCGAUCUCUCGGACGCCUAAGGCAAUUUCGCCUCCCGAGUGGCGAUCGGUCGCCGAGCCGGGGAUUUAGGGUUUCCAAUCGGGAAAUGGUGUGAAUCCUUGUUUUAAUGGCGAAAGAUCCAAUCUUUCCAGUUAAAACAUAGCGGGUUUGGGGUUUUCUAGUCUCGGAGCUGUUCAAGCUGCCAUCUUUCGCUGUCUUUUCUCCUUUCUCGUUUCUUUUUGGGGUGGUUUUGAAGUUUAGUUUUAUCUCCUCUUCUUUUUUGUUUCUUCUUCUUCUUCUUCCUUUUUUUUUGGGUUUUUGGAAUGGUCACUGAGAGCCCCCUAACGAUGCUAUCGGAGAGAGGGGUUCGGUCCAUGAUCGGAAGCGGGGGGGAAGGAUUUGGUGGGGAGGAGUUGGAGUUGCUCCUCCUGGAGCAGAGGAGGCAGGAGGCGAGCGAUCGGGUGCGGGAGCUGAAUCUUUACCGGAGUGGCUCCGCGCCUCCUACCGUCGAAGGGUCGCUCACCGCCGCGGGAGGGCUCUUUAGCAGGGAGGUCGUUGCUGGCGUGCCGGAUUUCUUCCCGGGAAAUAAUGGGAAUGUGUUGUUAUCUGAGGAGGAGGUCCGGUCUCAUCCGGCUUACCCCUCCUACUACUACUCUCAUGUUAAUCUGAACCCGCGCCUCCCUCCUCCGAUUCUAUCCAAGGAGGACUGGAGGUCCACACAGAGGCUUAAGGCCGGGAGCUCGGUGCUGGGAGGGAUCGGGGAUAGGAGGGGACCAAACAGGGACGGGGAAGGGAGGGACAGCUCGCUCUUCUCGCAGCAGCCUGGCUUCGGUUCGCAGGAGGAGCGCAAGGGCGACCUGAGGGCGGUGCCUGGUUCUGGGGAGUGGCUGAACCAAGGAGGAGAUGGGCUGAUCGGCUUGUCACUCUGCCGACAGAAGAGCUUUGCUGAUAUUCUUCAGGAUGACCUUGGCCGUGGAACUUCCAUGUCAGGCCAUUCCUCUCACCCAGGAAGUCGCAAUGCACUUGUUGACGGUGUCGAACCAUUAGGAUCUGCUGAGUCUCAUCUUGCUCUGCAUAAAGAAAUUGCGUGUUUAGAUGGGAAAAAUUCUGGGGGUUAUGUUCAUAGUGUCCCUGGACUUCAGAAUGUUGAUGCAUCGGCAUCUCAUAACUUCGCACCUGUUUCAGGAUCAGCCCUAGAGAGAAGCACCACUCCUGAUCCUCAGCUGGUGGCAAGGGCUCCCAGUCCUUGCCUUCCACCAGUUGGUGUGAGGUUUAAUGCCAAUGACAAGAAACAUAACAAUGGCUCAUCUUCCUUCAAUGGUGGCUCCUCUGGCAUUGCUGAAUCUGAUGAUCUUAUAGCUGCGUUAUCAGGCAUAAGCUUGUCAACUGCAGCUGCAAUGGACAGUGUCAAUAUUUCCCAGUUGAAGCUUCAACCAGGAUUCAACAACCACCAGUCUUUUCUUUUUGAUUCGCAAAGCGGUCAAAACCAUGUCAAGCAACACACUUUCCUGAAAAAUUCUGAUCCAGAAUAUUUACGGGUGUCUUCUAUUCCACAGUCAUCUAAGUCUUCAUAUGCUGAUUCAGCCAGGAGUGGUACAGGUCAAAUUGACCCAAGAAAUUCAGUUCCACGGCCAAAUGCACCUGCUGAACCACACAGAUCCGCUGCUGGUUCAUCUUCACAGUAUCAGAAUCUUGAUACUGUUGAUACAGCAUUUACAGGUUAUGGAUUGAGUGGGUUCUCUGCGAAUUCUGUGUUACCAUCGAUGACAGUGAAUCAUAUUGGAACAGGAAAUUUGCCUUCUUUGUUUGAAACUGCUUCUGCUGCUGCUGCAUCUGUAUCUCUUGGUAUGGACUGCAGGGGCUUAGGAGGUGGUAUAUUUGCACCCCCAAAUUUAACUAGUCAAGCAGACUUGCAGAAUCUUGGUCGAAUUGGCAAUCAGACUGCAACAGCUCUUCAGUCACCCCUUGCUGACCCGCUUUAUGUUCAGUAUCUGAAGGCAGUCGAAUAUACAGCACAAGUUGCAGCUACCCAUAGCAAUCCUGCUGCAGAAACAGGUUUUGUUGGAAAUUCUUAUAUGGAUUUACUUGGAUUGCAGAAAGCUUAUGGGGGGACAUUGCUUCAACCGCAGAAACAGUAUGGGAUGCCGCUUCUAGGUAAAUCUGGAGCAUUAAAUCAAAGUUUCUAUGGGAAUCCUGCUUUUGGCCUGGGUAUGUCAUAUCCAGGAAGCCCUUUGGCAAGUCCCAUUGCUUCUCCAGUUGGACCUGGCAGUCCUCUUAGGCAUGGUGAGCGCAACAUGCGAUUUCCUUCUGGCUUGAGAAAUUUAACUGGGAGUGUCAUGGGCUCCUGGCAUUGUGGUCCAACUGGCAACAUGGAUGAAAAUUUUCCAUCCUCACUUCUGGAUGAGUUCAAGAGCAACAAGACAAGAUGUUUUGAGCUUGCUGAAAUUGCUGGCCAUGUGGUUGAGUUCAGUGCUGACCAGUAUGGGAGUCGUUUCAUACAACAGAAACUUGAAACAUCAACCACUGAAGAGAAAAACAUGGUUUUUGAAGAAGUCAUCCCUCAUGCACUAUCACUGAUGACGGAUGUUUUUGGAAAUUAUGUGGUCCAAAAGUUUUUUGAGCAUGGGAGUUCAGCUCAGAGAAGGGAAUUGGCCAACCAACUUAAUGGGCAUGUGUUGGCUCUCAGCCUUCAGAUGUAUGGCUGUCGAGUGAUCCAAAAGGCGAUCGAAGUUGUUGAUUUGGACCAGAAGACAAAAAUGGUUAUGGAGCUUGAUGGCCACAUCAUGCGCUGUGUACGUGAUCAAAAUGGAAACCAUGUUAUUCAAAAAUGUAUCGAGUGUGUCCCUCAGGAUGCCAUUCAGUUUAUCAUCUCAACCUUCUAUGAUCAAGUCGUGAUUUUAUCAACUCAUCCAUAUGGUUGUCGUGUGAUACAGAGGGUAUUAGAGCACUGUGAUGAUCCUAAAACUCAACAAAUUGUGAUGGAUGAAAUUUUGCAAUCUGUUUGCAUGUUGGCACAAGAUCAGUAUGGGAAUUAUGUUGUCCAGCAUGUGUUGGAGCAUGGAAAACCUCAUGAGCGAUCUGCCAUUAUCAAGAAAUUAGCUGGACAGAUAGUUCAGAUGAGCCAACAGAAGUUUGCAUCAAAUGUCGUUGAGAAGUGUUUGACUUUUGGUGGCCCCGAAGAGCGUCAAAUUUUGGUAAACGAGAUGCUUGGCUCCACUGAUGAAAAUGAGCCACUCCAGGCCAUGAUGAAAGAUCAAUUUGCUAACUAUGUUGUACAGAAAGUAUUGGAGACUUGUGAUGAUCAGCAACGCGAGUUGAUCCUUUCACGAAUAAAGGUCCACUUGAAUGCGCUGAAGAAAUAUACUUACGGAAAGCAUAUAGUUGCUCGUGUAGAGAAACUCGUUGCAGCUGGGGAAAGGAGGAUUGGACUGCAGUCCCCAUAUUCCUCUUAGAUGGCAUAGGAACGAAGUUGUACAGCUAACUGAGGCUAGUGUGAGCUCCCUCUUUUAUCUAUUUAGUGGGCAGGUACAAGCUGGCUGGAAAUAAAAAUGUUGCUUGUACUGGAAACUGUACAUUCUGUAGUUCGAGGUUAUAGUUUAUAUGCCAAGCCUGAGGCUCAGUUGGUUACCAUUACCUGCUGCCCCUGCACAGGAGAUAAAUGUCUGUACAAGCUUUUAUGGUGUAAAGAGAUGGUAAAGAAAAGAUGCAUAUGUUACCAUGACUGUACAAAUGUAGCGAUGCGGAGAGCUGUCAGUUGUCUAGGACUUAGGACAAUCUUAAUUCUCUUUGUUUUUUUUUAAUUACUCAUGGAUUUUAUAGUACAUGAUAGACAAUUUUCACAUGCAAUUUACUUGUUUAUGGACAAGCCUUUGGUUUUAUUUAGCUUAUGAUAUUCUGCAUGGUUGGUUUUA